UUCUAUUCAUUUUAUUAUUUCAUUGAUGACAGUUACAUCGAAGAUGACAAAGUGUCUGGCUUUCGGGCGACCAUGUUUGUGCUGUCGAAAGUGCCCGAGCUGGGCGACACCAUGUUCAUCGUUUUGCGCAAGCAGCCGCUCAUUUUCCUCCACUGGUACCACCACGCCACCGUCUUGGUUUACUGUUGGUACGCUUUCAAAGAGUACACUGCUCCAGCGCGUUGGUUCAUCGUGAUGAACUUUGCCGUUCACGCGUUCAUGUACUCGUAUUACGCCCUCAAGGCUAUGAACUAUCGGGUCCCGCGCUUCGUCUCCAUGGCCAUCAUGGUCGCCCAGCUCUCGCAGAUGGCGGGCGGAUGCGCCGUCAACCUCUGGGCUUACCAAUUGAAGCAGAACGGCGAGGCGUGCAACGUCAGCGAACACAACAUCAAGAUGUCGCUGAUCAUGUACUUUUCGUACUUUGUCCUUUUCGCCCGCUUCUUCUACAAGGCGUACGUCGACCGACGGGCUCCGCGCAAGGGGCUAGUCGACACCAGGGGGUCGUCGGCGACGGCCAGCAUCGAUCACAGCAGCAGCAACGGAACGGCCAUGAAAGUCCAGUAGAGAGCCGCCGAGAAACAGAAACGCUUGGCCAGCGACAAAAUGGAAAAUCACUGAGCUUCUUCGGGAAGGAACGGGAAAACAAAAAAUGGUGAAAAAAAAACAUUCCUGACUUUGGAAAAUUAAAAAUAAAGCAAUUCCAAAAUGAAAA